AUGUACCUCCUCACUAUCCUCUUUUCCCUCCUCCUCCUCCUCUCCGCCUGCUACGGAAACGCCCAAUCUUUCGUUUCUGACCGCUUCUGUCCCUGGUGCUACUGGACGGUCCCGGACAGCAUGGCUGGUCUUCCAGAGUUCAGAUUCGACUCGUUCUGCCACGCCUUCGUUCACCAGCCCAUUUCCGACCGCCCUGGACCGGGACCCUCACCGCCCCAAAAGCCGGCGAUCCACGUCGCCAUCAUGAACAACAACUUCACCGAGCUUCUUUCCUACAGCCGGAUGGGCUACGGCAUGUCGGUGGACUUGCCGACGAGGCCGACGAGGUGCGCGCCGGGGGUGGCGACUUUCCACAUGGGUGGGAGGGAGGAACAGCAAGGGGGGGAUGGAUCAUUGAGGCCUCCAUCGUUCAGCUACUCUGUUCGUUCUAACGAAAACUAUACUCCUCCGCAGUUGUUUUCGGAUGAGUUUCCAAAUGGAUGGGCGGCUUAUGCAGGGGCCAAGGGCGUGGCGCCCGGCGGGGAAAACAUGCCGUCAAUUCGUGCCACAAGGCUAAUUCAAUUGUAUCCCGUCAAUCUACUGGGCAUCAGAGGGAACCAGGAAGUACAAACCAUCAAUGGCCCCCCCAUGAUGUUGGCAUCGCUCCUUCCCGUCUUCAUCUUCAUCUUCACCGGCUACUACCCCGCCCAGGCCUCCCCAGCACCCAAUACUCUCUCCGGUCCAGGUGGUGCCUCCUCCAAAUCCAUUACUCCGGGCACAGGCAACUCCCAGGCCAACAAUAACUCUCAGAUCCUUGAUAUCCGGGCAGACGCCAACUGGAACGACUGGUCCUCCAUCGGCGAGCGCUUUUGCCCCUGGUGCGAAGCCGGCGUCGACUCCAAUGACGGCGCCAGCCCGGAAGACAAGGUGUGUAGGGUAGUAGUGCACCAGCCAAUGGCCGCGGGCAGUCCGCCGAACACUCAGUUCGCUCACAUCGCGAUCCUCAACGCCCGGUACACGGAGCUACUGUCGUACAAGCGCAUGGGGUGGAAUCAGCAGGAGAAUCUUUGGACGUCGGUGGGAGCGGCGGGCUCUGAGGGUGCGAUCGCCACGGUGUUUACUGGUCAAGAGGGUGUCAGGCUUCCACCAAAGAUUCUCUGGCAGAGAGAUGGGAAACUCUCGGUGACCAUUCUUCCACUGUAUCCGGGCACGGAGGGGUCAGCGUGGAAAGUUGUGCAAAAUGUUGCACCGAAGAAGACCUACCUCAUUUUUCAUACUUGGUUCUUCUGUGGGAAGUAGCUUCUGGUAGUUACGUAAGUGUAACACGUGGCUUGGUCCCUGCGUUUGGAGGAAUUAGAUGUCAAUCCCGUCUUCCCGCCUUUGGUAUGCAAGGGGUAGAUAAUACCUAGGUAUUUAAAGUGUCUACAAACAUCAUGUUGUCGUCCUACGUUAGAAACUAAGGUUCAGAUAU